AUGGUCGUCCUGUCGGGCUUCCUGGCGAACUCUCUCACCUAUGGGGUCUUGCGGUCCCUCGGCAUCCUCUUCGAAGACCUGGUGGAGGCCUUUGAUGCGAGUGCUGCCCAAGUUUCCUGGGUGACGGCCAUUGCUUUGGCGACGGAGCAGUUUGCCAGUCCCAUUGGCACGGCUGCCAGUAUGCGCUUCGGAGCCCGGCCGGUGGUGGUGGCUGGCGGGUUGCUGUCCUUUCUGGGCAUUCUCGGCGCCUCCUUCAGCACCAGCUUGCUCCAGUUAUACCUCACCUUGGGGUUCCUGACAGGUUGUGGCUGGGCCUUGGCCUUCGCCCCGGUGAUGGGCACCCUCGCCCGCUACUUCUCCUCUCGCCGAUCCUUGGCCAUGGGCCUCGCCCUGACAGGCAACGGGCUUUCCUCCUUUGCCCUUUCCCCGCUCCUGCGGCUCUUGGCCGAGUCCCUUGCUUGGCGAGGGGCCUUGCUAGUUACUUCUGCUCUGAGCCUCCACCUGGUGGUCUGUGGGGCCCUCCUCCGCCCCCUGGUCUUGCGGGGGGAUCAGCUGGAGCCUGGCUCCUUGUUCGACUGGGGUCUCUUCACGCAGAGAGGGUUUGGGGCCUUUUCUUUCGGCACUGCUUUGCUGGCGGCUGGAUAUUUCACCCCCUAUGUACACCUGGAGCCCUAUGGGCGGGUGCUGGGCCUGGACCCCUACAAAGCUGCCACUCUGGUGUCUGUUGCUGCUCUGUCUGAUGCCCUGGCCCGCCUGCUUGCCGGUUGCUUUGCUGACCGCCGCCUCAUCUUGCCAGCCCGUCUUCUGGUGCUGUUGAACUCCCUUACCGGCUGCAGCCUCCUCCUCCUUCCGCUUGCCGCCUCCUACGUAGACUCCCUUGUCCUGGCUUUGCUCUACGGUGUCAGUGCAGGGAGUUUUGCAACUGUGGCUUUCGGGGUCUUGCCGGAGAUUGUUGGUGUAGCCCGUGUCGUGAAUGCCACCGGUCUAUGUCUGAUGGCGAUGAGUGUUGGGGGAUUACUAGGACCCCCCCUGUCUGGCUUCCUACGUGACAUAACUGGCAACUUCACGGUCUCGUUCCUGGUGGGUGGAGCCUUCGUCCUCUCGGCUAGCCUCGUUUUCCUGGCCCUCCCAACUUUCUUCACUGGCUGCAGGGGCUGUGGUGGCAGUGGGGCAACUGCCAGGGCCAAAGGGGAACCCAAGGCCCUGAUGGUGCCUGGCACAGGCUCUCCGUUGGCAUCUGUUCCUCUCACCAGCAAAUGUUCUGAGAUAUGA